GCAACUGAUCAGUGAGUCUGACGCCGACCGGCGAAGUGCUUGCGCGUGCGUUUGCUGUGCGCAACACAGCACUCUUUGUUUACAAACAAUAAAUUAUCUCUGACCCUCGUGUUUUAUCAACCGUUCACCAAAUUUGUCACUGGACACAGACUUUUAGAGGCAAAAAGCAGUGAAAUGGCGCUGAUAACCGAAGGGAUCGAUCUAGAGAGGGAAUAUUCGCCCAGCAUGUGGUCGCAGAGGUUCUCUAGUCCUCAAGAAGUUACAAAGCAUCAUGUAAACGUCGUCACUGCAGCAAGCGAAGCAGUAAUCAACACCUUGCCUUAUAAACUAGAGAUAGAAUAUGGUUGUACUCCGGGACAGAAGUUGGACAUAAUAGGCACAGACCUCCCUGAUGAUUCACCCAUCUUAGUGUACAUCCACGGCGGCUAUUGGCAGAUGCUCUCGCGGGAAGCGUCGCGGUACCUCGCCCAGCCGCUGCACCGGUUCCGCAUCAAGACCAUUGUAGUGGGCUACGACCUUUGUCCAGUUGCCACGCUGCCGGAAAUAGUCAACCAAAUACAGAACGCUGCCAAAUUCGUAUUCGAGUACGCAGAGAAGAUGGGCUCGAGAGGCGUCUACUUCGCCGGCCACUCAGCGGGAGCUCAUCUAGUAGCGAAGUUGCUGUCCAAUUCAGAUUUCCUCGACAGUACAGAAGGGUCGCAUCGUCUGCAAGGUGCCUUCCUGAUCUCAGGAAUCUUCGACUUAAGAGAAGUCAUCCAUACAUCUGUGAACCUUGCAGUGCAGUUGCCCGUCGAAUGGGCAGUGCCUCUAUCUCCUCAGUUUGACUGCUUCACGCAUCUGCAAGCAAGACGAGUGCGUGUAUACAUUUUAGCGGGACAGUAUGAUAGCCCGACGUUCAAGAAGCAAUCGAGAGAGUUCUACGAACUCUUGCACAAUACCUGCUUGAUGCAGAACAUGUACUUGGAAAUCAAAGAUAAUUUUGACCAUUUUGACAUCGUGGAGUGUUUUGCCCAAGAUGACAAUUACCUUAGGAAAUUAUUGGUGCACGAUAUUCGUAAGCAUCUUUAAGUUAUAUGUUUUUGUUGCGUUUUUAUAAAUUGAUGACUGUUGUAUGAGUAAAUACAAUGUAUCUAUACCUAAGUACUAUGCACCGAACUUCGAGACCGCUCUGAAUACAAUGCGUAGGUAGUAUACAGAGUUGUAAUAGCUGCGUGGAUCGGCGUAUUGCAAUGUCAGAGAGGAUUAGAAGUUUGGUGCAUACUUUACAAGUUAUAGAAAGGUGCCCCGCAUACAUAAAAUAAUAAAUUGUUGUCAAUAAAGUAGGGUAAGGCAAAUCGAACCCACUAAGAAUAUAAUACUGUAAUUUUUUUAGGGUACUAACUUACCUCGUGGUAAGACUUUAGGCAACCUUUCCCUACUUUAAUGACGAUACUAUGCAGCUUGCCUAAAUACUUUAAACUUAUAUUGUACUAUAUAAGUUGUGUAUAGAAUGCAAGUUAUUUAAUGUCGGCCACUAACAAUCAAAUAAUCUCACAUGCCUGCUGCGCUAUUGGCUUGACGUCGGAUAAAAUUGAUCGUGUGUUGGGUACGAUCGGCAUGAUGACAUGCACAAUACACAUCGCGACCAACAUGUGAUUUUUAUUUGCUGUCAAGUCGUUAGCGCCGCGCUGCAGACAUGUGAGAUUAUUUGAUCGUCAGUGGCUGGCAUAAAGGUUUUACUAGGCAGAUGUUAUAGUACUUUAUAUAUUCUUCUUAUUAUUACUGCUUGAUAGUGGACAUCCAGCCUGCGAUAGCCAUAUAUCUACUUCAUUUUAGGAAGAAUGAAAAUGACGUCAUCACAAUGUCAGCUGAGUGAAUAUUGCCCGUCGUCGUUAUGAUGACGUCAUUUUUGUUAGGAAUGGGCAUUACAGAAUACGAAAAAUGAGGUUGUUAUUAAUUUUAAAUUCUAAUUAGCAAACGUCGGUCGCUCGGUUUUACACGCGUGGUUCUUUGUAGCUUCUCAACAUUGUAAGAUUUUUUUAAAUCGGUUCAGUAAUUUCAGAGCUUAUUCAAUGCAAAUAAACAUACAAUCAAAUCUUUCCUCUUUAUAAUAUUAGUCUAGAUUACUAGGUUGAUAAUAUAGACCAAGUUCAUCAUCAUUAUCAACCCAUAUUCAGCUCACUGCUGAGCUCGAGUCUCCUCUCAGAAUGAGAGGGGUUAGGCCAAUAGUCCACCACGCUGGCCCAAUGCGGAUUGGCAAACUUCACACACGCAGAUAAUUGAGAAAAUUCUCUGGUAUGCAGGUUUAUCCUUUACCGUUUGAGACACGUGAUAUUUAAAUUCUUAAAAUGCACACAACUGAAAAGUUGGAGGUGCAUGUCCCGGACCGGAUUCGAACCCACACCCUCUGGAAUCGGAGGCAGAGGUCAUAUCCACUGGGCUAUCACGGCUUUGUAGUGAAUAGGCCAGCUGAAAUGGAUACAGAAGGCUCUCUGUCUAUAUUUUAUUGUUCGUAUGACCUUAAUGCCGUAGUUAUGUUGGCAUAAUAAUACAUCACUUGAUACCUACUUCGCAUUUUAAGUACAAGUACAAUAAUAUAUCAGCCAUUUUAUUACCUACUAGCUAACGCCGCGCGGUUUCACCCGCGUGGUUCCCGUUUCCGUAGGAAUACGGGGAUAAUAUAUAGCCUAUAGCCUUCCUCGAUAAAUGGGCUAUCUAAUACUGAUAGAAUUUUUCAAAUCGGACCAGUAGUUCCUGAGAUUAGCGCGUUGAAUCAAACAAACAAACAAACAAACUCUUCAGCUUUAUAAUAUUAGUAUAGAUACCAUGUUUUGGUUGCUACGCAAUUACAAUAAUAUAUAUGUGUUGAGAAAAACACGAGUAAAUAUACGAAUAACAUGUAUGGAUGAAUAACUUCGGUGAUUUUACUUAGGUACUUUUACUAGCUACUUAAUAUUGUAUUAUCUUGCGAGCCUGUAAUAGCCAAUUCUUUGUCAUUUUUUUUUAAUUCUUUACAAGUUAGCCCUUGACUACAAUCUCACCUGAUGGUAAGUGAUGAUGCAGUCUAAGAUGGAAGCGGGCUAACUUGUUAGGAGGAGGAUGAAAAUCCACACCCCUUUUUGGUUUCUGCACGACAUCGUACUGGAACGCUAAAUCGUUUGGCGGUACGUCUUUGUCGGUUGGGUGGUAACUAGCCACGGCCGAAGCCUCCCACCAGCCAGACCUGGACAAAAUAAGAAAAUCUCAAUCUGCCCAGCCGGGGAUCGAACCCAGGACCUCCGUCUUGUAAAUCCACCGCGCAUACCACUGCGCCACGGAGGUCGGCAUUUUAUAAAUGCUAAAAAUAUAGGCCAUGCUUCUACCAUUGGUGGACGUUAGGCGACAGUGGUGGCAGGGCAGGUAUCAAAGUCCCAGACCUUCAACCGUCAAAAUGAAAAUCUUAAAAUUCUUCAGCAUAAUAUGAAAAAUAUAUCCUCAGUUGCCAGUGACUCGUACUCGUUACGUUUGCUACUGGCAAGUAACUGUUGCCACUGGCAAUCCUUUCAAAUCCUAUCAAUCUUUAAAGAUAUCCAAAAGACAUAUUAUAGUACUAUCCCGUAGAAAAAACUUAUAAAACAAAAAUUAAGAUAGACCUUGGAAAGUGCCAGCUUCCAAACACGAUCCAAGCUUUACAGUUGCCUACAUUAAUGGUAGGAGCAUGGGCUGACAAUGUUCCAGCAUUUAUAAAAUGACGAAGGUCUAGCCAAGAUAGGCUCUAAGACCACAAAGGUGGUUCUAAUCUAGUAUGUAUUGUUGAAUUGAUGGGAAAGUAAGAAAUAGAAGUACAUAGUUACCGAAACAGAGAGUUGGUCCACCUAAAACCGAAAGCACAAAAACAUCGCAUAUAGGUACCUAUCUCAUAUAACUCACUUUGACUCCAAACUCUCUGAGUUUUGAGCCCUAGAUGUUAAGCCUCAAGUGCCUGUAAUUUAAUUUAAUUUAAUGUUAAGAAAUUAAUGUAAGAUAACUGAGCAUUUUUAGUUUUUUAAGUACUAUGCAUAAUAAGCAUCAGCUCUUGGAUCAUUUACAGCAUGAUCGUGUUUAGUAUAUACUCAGGUAUAUAAUUAUCUAAAGAUACUGCAAUAUUAAAGGAUCUAAGGAAUAUUAUAAUUAAUAUAAUUUUUUUAAUAAAGAAAUAAAUAAUA